AUGGAUCCUCCUCCAGCUCCUCCGUCAGACGUCCCACCGCCGCCGCCUCCUUCAGAAUAUGUCGCCGCUCCACCGCCGCCCGUGGCCGAUGUGCCCCCACCACCAGCUCCAGACACCAACGACGAAGAACUCGGGCCCUCGAUCGUGUCAUCAAAGAAGCAAAAGAAAGGAUGGGGUUCCGUCAAACCAAAGAGCCAACCGCUGGAUAUCGAGGAGAUCCUGGCAAGGAAGAAGGCCGCAGACGCAGCCGCCUUGAAGCCAAAGUUCUUGUCGCGUGCCGAGCGCGAGAGGAUAGCACAAGAGAAGCGUGAGAAAGAGGAGGCAGACGCANAAAAGAGGUCAGACGUCGAACGCGACACUUUCUCAAAGCCACAGUCGAACGGAAGUCAUGCUCAAAUCAACACUGGUAACCAUCGCUCCAUGGACGGUCGCCCGGCUAUCCCUACUGGUCCCAGGAGUCUACGAGGAGGCCAACCCNCGUCAGGUCCCGCUGGCUGGAGAAACAAGGACCAACACAACAGAGGCUACGAUAUGGUUUCCACCACCGCCUCCCAAGCAGAGCGCCAUCAUCAGCGGCAACCAGACUGCAAAGAAACUCUCCGCAGAAGAAGCUGCCCAAGCCUCCAUCCGUCAACGCUACAUGGGAGCCGAACAAAACCAAUCAAACUUCUCGGCAAAGAAGAAACGCAAGCGAACCNNACCGAGAAGAAGUUCAACUUUGAGUGGAACGCAGAGGAAGACACAAGUGCCAACACCGACCCACUAUACAAGGACAGAGCUGCUCCUGCUGCAAGACUGGGUGGUUAUGCAGAUGGAGACGAGACGGCUGCCGAGAAGUACGCAAAACUGCUCCAAGAGCGCGAUCCCGAGACUGGCAAGCAACGAGCACAGCAGAUUCUGGAAAUGAAGGAACGACAAAAGGCUUACGAGAGUCGCAACGCCAUCGACAAGCACUGGAGCGAAAAAGAACUCACCCAGAUGCGCGAACGAGACUGGCGUAUUUUCAAGGAAGAUUUCAACAUUGGCACAAAAGGUGGCUCCAUCCCGAAUCCUAUGCGUUACUGGCAAGAGUCUGGUUUGCCUAAGCGACUAUUGCAGGUUAUUGACCAAGUCGGCUACACGGAUCCUNCGCCUAUUCAACGAGCAGCUAUUCCAGUUGCUCUGCAGGCUCGUGAUCUGAUUGGUGUUGCCGUCACUGGCUCCGGUAAAACUGCCGCCUUCCUCCUACCUCUCCUUGUCUACAUCUCCGAGCUGCCUGCUCUGAACGAGCUUACCAAAAACGACGGUCCCUACGCCAUCAUCCUUGCACCAACCCGUGAACUGGCACAACAAAUUGAAAUCGAAGCGAAGAAGUUUGCAACACCGCUAGGCUUCACUUGUGUGUCCAUUGUUGGUGGUCACUCGAUCGAAGAACAAGCCUACAACCUGCGCAACGGAGCUGAGAUCAUCAUCGCCACCCCUGGUCGUCUAGUCGACUGUAUCGAGCGCCGCGUCCUUGUCCUCUCACAGUGCUGCUACAUCAUCAUGGAUGAAGCCGAUCGCAUGAUCGAUCUGGGUUUCGAAGAGCCCGUCAACAAAAUCCUCGACGCCCUCCCCGUAGGCAACGAAAAACCAGACACGGAAGAAGCAGAAAACAGUCAAGCCAUGCAAAUGCACGUUGGCGAACGAGGUCGCUACCGUCAAACAAUGAUGUACACAGCCACUAUGCCAGCCGCCGUCGAGCGCAUCGCAAGAAAAUACCUCCGCCGCCCUGCAAUCGUGACAAUUGGAAAUGUCGGCGAGGCAGUCGACACAGUCGAGCAGCGCGUCGAGUUUGUAUCCGGCGAAGACAAGCGCAAANACCGACUCCGGGAAAUCCUUUCGAGCAGGGAGUUUGCACCUCCGAUUAUUGUCUUUGUCAACAUCAAGCGCAACUGCGACGCCGUGGCAAAAGACAUCCAACGCAUGGGCUAUUCAGCCGUCACUCUGCACGGUUCAAAAACGCAAGAGCAGAGAGAAGCAGCACUCCUCUCCGUCCGCGAAGGCAAAACAGAAGUCCUCGUCGCAACCGACUUGGCAGGUCGUGGUAUCGAUGUCCCCGACGUGUCUCUGGUUGUCAAUUUCAACAUGGCUACAAACAUUGAAUCCUACACCCAUCGUGUGGGUCGUACUGGUCGUGCUGGAAAGUCUGGUGUUGCGAUUACGUUCUUGGGCUCAGAGGAUAAUGAUGUUCUUUAUGAUUUGAAGCAGAUGCUGAGUAAGAGUGCCAUCUCGAGGGUUCCAGAGGAAUUGAGGAAGCACGAGGCAGCGCAGCAAAAGAGUCAGAGGGGAGGCAAUAGGAAGCCUGUAGAGGAGAGCAGUGGGUUUGGCGGUAAAGGUGGUGGAUGGGCAUAA